AUGGAGUCAUCAGAGGUUCGAACAGAUGGCAAUUCUCUGCUAAAAGCAGUGUGUCUGAGUCGUCUGCGUCUGACUCGGCUCCUCUUGGAAGGCGGGGCCUACAUUAAUGAGAGUAACGAACAUGGAGAGACACCGCUUAUGGUAGCCUGCAAGACACGUCACACAGAUUCCCAGAGUGUACCCAAACACAAGAUGGUUUUGUAUCUUUUGGAAAGUGGAGCUGAUCCAAACAUCCAAGACAAGACAGGGAAAACGGCUCUGAUGCACGCAUGCCUCGAACAAGCUGGAGCUGAAAUCCUUUCACUUCUUCUGAGCAGUGGAGCUGAUCCAACCCUGGAGGAUCACACAGGAUUAUCAGCAUUGGUUUAUGCAGUCAAUUCAGGAAACAGGGAAGUCCUCAGGGUCCUCCUGGAUGCCUGCAAGGUGAAGGGUAAAGAAGUUAUCAUCAUCACUACCAACAAACUGCCAUCUGGCCAUCAGGUGACUAAACAGUACCUCAAUGUUCCUCCAUCUCCUGACCUCGAGGAGCGUCUUCAUUACACUCCACCUUGUUGCAUGUCUGCACACGAGGUCCAGCUGCAAACUUCUCCACAGGGUUCCUCAGUGGGUGCUUCCCCUUUUCUUGGCCACAGGGAUUCCCACUGUUUAUGCUCAGGGCCCGGCAUAGUCAUAUCUCAACCAGGUUCUCCAAUACAACGUCCUAGUCCUUUAUGUGUUCCUACAGUGGAUAAGCGACUUAAUCUCCACAGACUACACUCGGAGCCUCGGACCAAAAGUCCUUCCCUGCUGCUACAGCAGAGCCAGACCUGCUCCCUGACGGAGGAGCCAGUGGAAGUUACAGCUGAGGAGGACUGGUCUCUCAGAUUCACAAGCUUUGCUAUCCAUGGAAGACCACUUGCUGUAUCACGCCACCACAGUAUCGAUGUCAAAGACACAAUAGGGCUACUGAAAGCACAAGAGAACAUGCCAGGACAUGACAAUAGGGGAGGAGGUGGAAGAAGAGGCUUUGGUAGAAAGAUGUCAUAUGACAGUGCUUCAAGUUCACUGUAUUUUACUUCACACCCAAACCUGCAUCAGGACAGUGUCCCCUUUCUUCAUGAAUCCAGUCCUGUGGAUGAAGAUUCCUCACUCUGUCUUAGACAACUGAAUAUUUCAAGUCUAAAAAAUGUGGUCCGUCGGCGGAACAUUGGCAUGAACCACUACAGUUCAGACUCUCAGUUACCACAAUUUGGCAGCAGAGAAAAUAGCACCAAGAACAGUGGUGGAGCUGGAGUGGGAUCAGGAAGGCACAAGCUAGUAAACAGCAGGUCCUCCACUCUCUCAGGAUCCAGGGAGUCCUUGGAGAGCUCCGCCCAGAGACGAGACACAGCCAGGCUUGAGCGUAGAGGCUCAGGGACUUAUCUUCUGGAUCAUAUUGCCCACACUCGCCCUGGAUACCUUCCUCCCCUGAAUCCCCAUGCUCCCAUACCUGAUAUCGGGGUGAGCUCUAGCACUUCCCACCCUUUGAGUGGAAGUAGUAAGACGCUGAAUGGUGUAAAUACAGGGUCAAAGCCUAUUCUUCCAUGUGCACCUGGUUUUCCAAGGAAUCUAAAAGGCAAGAAAAUGAUGUGGAGACGCCACUCAAUGCAGAGUGAGCAGAUAAAUCAGCUGGUCGACUUUGAGGAAACUGUUGGCCACUAG